UAGUUGGUCCUCCGGUAUCCCAUAAUGCUUCACCGUGGCCGCUGGUAAAGCGCGCAUGCGCAGUUGCUCGGCCUCUUUUGGAUCCGCACCUCUUCUGCUAAAAUGGCCAAGCGCACCAAGAAGGUGGGGAUUGUGGGGAAGUACGGCACCCGUUACGGUGCGUCCCUCAGGAAGAUGGUGAAGAAGAUUGAGAUCAGCCAACACGCCAAAUACACCUGUUCAUUCUGUGGAAAGACUAAGAUGAAGAGAAAGGCUGUUGGUAUCUGGCAUUGUGGAUCCUGCAUGAAAACUGUGGCUGGAGGCGCCUGGACAUACAACACAACGUCAGCCGUCACGGUGAAGUCUGCCAUCAAGAGGCUGAAGGAGCUCAAGGACCAGUAACCGCACCGGUUGUGUACAGAUCUUCGUUCCUUAUCGGACUGUGUUUCUCUGUGGCUCGUUGGAACAUCCCAUAAUAAACCUGAGUCUAGAGCGGGA